AUGACUACUGUUAACGAUACCGACGUAGACCAUUCCUUCCGCGCUUUUGUCGAAGCCCUCAAGGCAGACAACGACUUGGUCGAGAUCAACACAGAGGUCGAUCCCUACCUCGAAGCUGCUGCGAUUACCCGGCUUGUAUGCGAAACCGAUGAUAAAGCGCCCUUGUUUAAUAACCUGAAGGGAAUGAGAAAGAAUGGGCUUUUCCGUAUCCUUGGUGCCCCCGGUUCCCUUCGUGCCUCCAGCCGCGAUCGCUACGGCCGCCUGGCUCGCCAUCUCGCCCUCCCACCCACGGCUAGCAUGAAGGAAAUACUCGACAAAAUGCUCUCUGCUAGCUCCCUCCCUCCCAUCGAGCACAAGAUUGUCGAAACUGGUCCUGUGAAGGAGCAUUGCCUGACGGGCGACGAGAUUGAUCUGACUGCCUUGCCUGUCCCUAUGAUACAUCAAUCCGACGGGGGCAAAUACCUCCAGACAUAUGGUAUGCACGUCGUGCAGUCCCCUGAUGGGACCUGGACGAAUUGGUCUAUUGCUCGUGCGAUGGUCAAGGACAAGAACCACCUUACGGGCUUGGUGAUCGAACCACAGCACAUCUGGCAGAUCCAUCAGAUGUGGAAGAAGGAGGGAAAGGACGUGCCAUGGGCACUCUGCUUUGGCGUCCCGCCGGCGGCGAUUAUGGCUUCGUCUAUGCCCAUUCCCGACGGGGUCGCCGAAGCGGGCUAUGUCGGUGCCAUGACCGGUCGACCCCUUGAACUCGUAAAAUGCGACACCAAUGACCUAUACGUUCCCGCCAACGCGGAAAUCGUCUUCGAAGGUACCAUUUCCAUCACUGAAACCGCUGACGAGGGCCCGUUUGGCGAAAUGCACGGCUAUGUCUUCCCGGGCGACAGCCACAAAUGCCCUGUCUACACUGUGGAGAAGAUCACCUACCGGACGAAUCCCAUCCUCCCCAUGUCAGCCUGCGGUCGCCUCACCGACGAGACACACACGAUGAUCGGUGCCCUGGCCGCAGCCGAAAUCCGCAAAGUCUGCCAGGUCGCCGGCCUCCCUAUCACGGAUGCCUUCUCCCCGUUCGAAUCCCAGGUGACCUGGGUAGCACUCAAGGUCGACACUGCCAAGCUUCGCCAGAUGAAGCUUACUGCCAAGGAGUUCCAGAAAAAAGUCGGCGACGUCGUCUUCAACCACAAGGCGGGCUACACCAUUCAUCGCAUUGUUCUCGUGGGUGAUGAUAUCGACGUCUACAAUGGAAAGGACGUUAUGUGGGCGUUCUCGACCCGUUGCCGUCCUAAUGCCGACGAGACUUUCUUUGAGGAUGUCCGUGGUUUCCCGCUAAUUCCGUACAUGUCUCAUGGUACUGGGUCCCCAGUGCGGGGUGGAAAGGUAGUGUCUGAUGCUCUUAUGCCUGCGGAGUAUACCACCGGUGCAGACUGGGAGGCGGCUGAUUUUGAGCACUCCUAUCCUGAGGAUGUCAAGGCCAGGGUCCGGGCUAAUUGGGUGGCUAUGGGUUUUCGCGAGCGGGAUUAG